CCCGCUCCCUCCCCCCAUAUCUUAUGCCAAGACGGUCCAUUUCAACUACAUACAUAGUACUACCUAUUAUUUACGUACCUCCUAUCUGAUCUAAGGACUACCUAUACCAAAAUUUACUGAACGUUUUUAUUAAAUUCCUAUGAAAUACGGAUUUCAGUCACUUGGGUAUUUUCUGAAGGCUUGAAGUUUUCGACGAGCUAAGGAACCGGAACUGAUGACCACCUCGGAUCUUUGCUUCUUUAGGGUACGGCCUCACACGGGAGACAAGCCAGAUGGACGACUCGGGCGGUGCUUCAGAUGCCAAUGCGUCAGAGCCCAAUCUUACCGAGAAGCUUCCUGAAGUCGUCAACAUUACCCAAGGUGGAGAUUUGAUUCUAGAUGUAACUUUUGAGAAUUCCAAGGAUACUAUUCGGACCGCACGGGUUGCCCAAUCGAAACUGUUUAGUCGGGAUUCACAACCCGCACCGAAGAGGAAGGCCCGCUUAGGUUUCCGUGUAAGCCUCAAAGAGCUUAAGACUCAGUCCAAGUACUUUGAAAGACUUCUCACCGACAGUCGCUUCAAGGAGGCGAAGGAUAUAUCGAGCGCCUUUGCCGCGCUCUCGGUGAGGAGCGUCAAGCCCGAAACUGCUGAGGCAAAGGAGCUUCCCUGGAUCAAAAUACAAGAUGACGACCAGGCAACUCACUACGCACACCGCGAGGGCGCAUUUGGCGAUCUCCUGCGGAUUCUUCACGGCAAGGAAGUAGUCACUAAGUUCACGAUGUCGUUUGUAACCACAUUGGCCGUCUUGGCCGAUCGCUUCGACUGCGCAUCCGCAGUCUCGAAAUACCUCGUCGCGGGCACGAGGUUCAAGUGGCCUGUGACGAAUCGCAAGCCGGCGAGAGAUGAGUCGGUGGUCAUGAGCCGCAGUAAUGAGGAUAUCUUACGCCAGAAGAUACUCGUGUCUUGGCUGCUGAAUCAGCCUGCUAGGUUCCAGGCCGCCACCAAGGAGAUCAUCAUGAAUGGCUCUUGCCGGUGGAGUUCCUUUGCUCAAGACGAUGAGUCGUCGGAUGCUACUUGGUGGUACUUACAGGAUGGUCUCGAGCAAGAAUUGCAAUACCGCCGCCAAUGCAUACUAAACACAAUAGCUUCCGUCCAGCGGCACUUCCUCGCAUUAUACACGUCGCGCACGCGGCAGUGCAAGCUCGGCUACGACUCCAGCGCAGCCUGCGACUCGUACCAGCUAGGGGAGAUGUUCAAGUUCCUCAUGCACAAGAACCUGCUAUUCCCAGUCGACUUCUCCCCGGGAUCCCUGGACUCGAUAGCCGACACCUCGCUGCUGCAAAUCGAGUCCGUCCUCGCCACGCUCCGGCAGUGCCCCAGCUACCAGAUCGACAAGAACCACACCAACUGCGGGCUGCGCACGCGCGUCCUGCCCAUCCUGGACUUCAUACUCGGCCUGCUGUCGGCGAACUCCGUGCCCAUCACCAGGAGCACGUGGAGGAGCAAUCGCCAGGCGGUCGCGUGGAUGCCGCCCGAGGGGGAUGCGGAGGGCAAGGGUAAGCAAGAAGCGCGCCCGUUUCGGUUUACGAGGUCGUUGGCGGGAGACCAGCGGUUGCGGUUUGAGAAUGCGUUGGGCGCGGAUAAAUUUGCCAGAGACGUGUUUACGGCGGCGAGCUGGGAUUGGACGGCGGAGGAUCAGGGGUAUGACGAUUUGCCGUCCACUACUCCGAGGUGGAGCUUGAAGUAGGUGUUAGAGAUGCUAGAUACAGCAGGGAGGUAACUAGUAUAGAUUCUGGGUCUGGAAAUAAGGGGGUCGGAAAGAAGUGUAGGUAUAUUUUGGAAUUUAUGCUUAGGUGCACAAAAUAUGGAAAAGAACCUGGAUACCGUGGUAAUUACCUUAGAUCCCAGAUCAAACCUCAGUACGCUCUUACACAACUUCCAUUUCUAUAUAGGUAAGUGUGGUAAGUGUGGUAUAGCAUGUUAUAAACGAAACUUCGAGAAUCAGG